AUGAUUUUCUUAAUCAAGGUGAGUAUUAUUUUAUUCAAUGUAUUAUAUGUCAACAGUAGUAUCUACCUGCACAAUACAAACGAUGAUAUUGACGUUGAGGCGUAUGAUUGUGUUCUUCUUUAUUCUCUCUUUUAUUGUCGUCGUCCAACACAACCGAUUAAUUUGACGCGAGAUAAUGACAAAAUAGCAUGUGAAAGGAAUGGUGGACGACUGUAUCGAUUUAGUGAAAUUAUGUUGAAGAACAUCUCUAUCAGUACAAUCCUACAUCAAUGGAAAUCUAGUCUCGAACGAGUCGAGCAAUAUUUACAUUAUCUCGAAAAUUCGUCGGAACCAGAUGCAUAUCUUUGUGAAUGUUAUUCUUCAUCAACAUUUGGAAAGAAUUGCGAAUAUGAACUACCGAUAGGUAAAUCAUUUCCAGAAGCUCUCGAUCGACAAUUGGAAAUUCGUAAUAGAAAUCGUUUGAGAAUGCAAAUGUAUGGAGAUAUAAUUUGCUACGAAACAUUAAGAUGUGAUUCAGGUGCGUUAUGUCUCGAUUGGCGAGAUAUUUGUGAUGGAAUUCAACAAUGUAUGUUUGGUUUUGACGAAGAAAACUGUGAUUUAUUAGAAAUGAAUUCGUGUGAGAAUGAUGAAUAUCGAUGUGAAAAUGGAAUGUGUAUUCCUGAAGAAUUUUUUCUCGAUGGAGAAUUCGAUUGUCUUGAUUGGUCAGAUGAGAUGCAAUUCAAAAAGAGUACGACCUGCUCGGAAGAGCGUGCGAAUAUUAAAUGUGAUGAUCAUAUCUGUCGACAGACACAAUGGUCAUGUGGCGAUGGAGAAUGUAUUUCAGACCGAUCGGAUUUUCAGAAACCAGGAUUUCCUUCAACUUGUUUAAGUGGGCGAGAUCAAUAUUUUAUGUGUGAAACUCACAAAACUGUUCAACUUUGGACAAUGUCAAAUGGAAGAUGUUCUACCGGUGGUCAUGAAAGUUACGAAGGAUUAUUAACGAUGAAUGCGAGUAUUGAGAAGCAAUGUGAGUUUCUUCUCAAAUGUGCAUUAUCACAGGGCAAAGAUAAUAGUUGUGUUUGUUUUAAAAGUACUGAAUGUGAGAAGAACAUUGAACAAAUCUGUUCACCAAUAAUCCCGUACCCAAACAAAUCAAUCAUUGCUCCGUUUUUAUUCUUUUUUUAUAAUCGCACAAGAAAUUGGCAAAGCAAACUACCUGAUUUUAUUUUAAUCAAUGGAACAAUUCGAUGUCACGAUACAUUUGUCACUGUAAUAAAAACGAUUCCAUUCGCAACAGACUUUAAUUCACGUCAAAUAAUUCAAAUUCAUUUCUGUCAACCAUUAAGAAAUGUUUCGUGGUUACAGAACGUUCAACCUAAACGAAUAUGCCAUCGUGCAAACGAUUCAACUGAUCGAUGUGAAGAAUGGAAUUCAUGUAUGUCGAAGAGUCGAAUCAAUGAUGGAUGGCUAAAUUGUCUUAACAAACAAGAUGAAAUCGUACAAACAAAGAUUGAGAUUGAAAACAGUUGUAGUCAAGUCCGACGUCAUCGUUUUCAUUGUUCUAUAGAACAACCAACAUGUCUUAGUGUGUCAAAUUUAGGAGAUUCAAAUGCCGAUUGUCGCAACAAAUUCGAUCAAUUGUGAGGUGAAGAUGAAAAUCUCUUUGACUGUCAACAAUUUUGGAUUUGUCCUGAGCGUCAACGACGAUGUGGUACUGGACAAUGUAUUUUACAAUCUUGGCUGUCCGAUGGUGAUUGGGACUGUACAGAUGUUUCAGAUGAAUACAAUAGACUGAAACGCAUAACUGAACGCGUAUUUCGAGCAGCAGCUCGACAUAAUUUUACCAAUCGAUCGUAUUUCGUUCCGAGUACUUGUAAUCAAACACAUCCAUUUAUGUGUCUCUCCGCACAAUCAAUUCAACAAGGUUUUUCGUGUAUCAAUUUUAGUCAGAUUGGUGAUGGUCGUAUUGAUUGUGCUGGAGCAUUUGAUGAACAAACAACACCUCAACAUUGUGUUCAAUCAUCGGUACUUGGACCAAAUUUUCUCUGUCCAUCAACACAUACUUGUAUCCCUUAUUAUCUUCAUUGUUCUGUUGAUAAUCGAUGUCCAAAUCAAUCCGAUGAUGAAUUGUGGUGUUCUCGUCAAUAUGGAUCAUCGAAUUGUUCUAGCCCAAACAGCUUUACUUGUUUCAACGGUCAAUGUCUGAAACGUGGUCGAUGUAAUCUCCAAAUUGAUUGUCUAUUUGGUGAAGAUGAAUACAUGUGUGAUUAUUCGAGUUCAUUUCAAUUAACACGAGUUUCUCGUCGUGAAAUGAAACAAAUGACUCGACGAAUGAUGAAAUACACAGUUCGAUGGUCUCCAUAUCCAACAAAUGCGAAUACGACAAAUUUACUUCUUUCUUCGAUCUUUACAAAUUAUUCAUUACAAAAUUCAUCUUCAACUUCGCUAUUCUUAUCUCCAUAUUGGUGCAAUCGUGGUCUCAGCGUCUUUAGCGUAGAAACGCACUCGAUUGUUUGUUUUUGUCCUCCAUUCUAUUACGGAGAUAAAUGUGAAUAUCAUGCUGAUCGAUUAUCAAUUCUUCUUCAGCUAAAUUUUUCGGAAUCAACUCGUCUAUUCAAAGAAGAUCCCAACUUUGUUUUCAAAGUUUUUGUUCUUUUUCUUUCUAAUAAUCAAAUAUUAAUGAGAAGUGAGUUUUCCUUUCAAUCAAUAUCUCAAUCAAUGUUUAUUCAUAAUGACAAGAUGUUGACACAUUUUCUUUAUUCUCGUUCAUUUCUUUCGAUCGACGAACGACGAAAACGAUUUUUCAAUCGAUCUAAUCUUCUUCAUGAUCAUCCUUAUUCAAUUCGUAUUGAACUUUAUCGAAUAUCCAUAGAUAAAUUACCAUUAUUAAUUGCAAUCUGGAAAUAUCCAAUACUAUUUGAUUAUCUUCCUGUUUUUCGAUUUUCAAAAAUUCUUCAUUUUGAUACAAAUUUUGAUGAACGAAAUCCUUGUUCAAGUCAACCAUGUCAUUCUAAUGAACAAUGUUAUCCAUUGAUGAAUAAUAAAUCUCAUUAUAUUUGUCUUUGUCGAUCAAAUUUUACUGGAGAAAAUUGUUCCGAAGAAAAUCAACAUUGUCUUACGGGUUAUUGUUCAAGAGGAUCUUUAUGUCAACCGAAUUCUUUAAUACUUUCGGAUAAAAAACGUUUCUCAUUACCAUUUUGUUUAUGUUCUCUGAAUCGAUUUGGUGAAAGAUGUACAAUCAAACAUGAUCAAUGUCAUUUUAAUCCUUGUUUAAAUAAUGGAUCUUGUAUUUCUCAAAGUCAACCUGAUCAAAUCAUUUGUCUUUGUACAAGACAAUAUCGUGGACCUUUAUGUCAAUGGAAAAGACCAUCAAUGCAUUUGUCUCUUUUGAAUAAUAUUUCACAUAGUGGAGUAGUGAUACAAUUUCUUCAAAUUGAUUUGACUUUCCUUCAACUUACUCUCGUUGAUCAACAAGUCUUCAAAAUACUUCCUUCUUUAAUUGAAUAUUUUCAAUAUGAUGAUCAAAAGGCUGUUUUACCCGAUAUUGUUUUGACGAAAAUUUAUCUCGAUGUUGAUGAUUUUUAUUCAUCAGAUGUUUAUCUACUGUCGUUAUAUCGUAAUCUCAAUCUGUUUUCUCUACAUGCAAAAACAGAAAUAUCUCCAGACAAUCGAUGUGAUCAUAUUCGAACAUUCUCCAACGAUUCUUCACCAAUUCGAUAUCAUCAAUUGUGCAUUCAACAUCCCAAUCGGAUUUGUUUUCGAGAUGAUGUUUAUCUAUGUAUUUGUACAGAUAAUCAUAGUCAAGUCGAAUGUUUUCUCUAUGAUAAUGAACUUGAUCAAUGUUCUCAUUGUCUGUCGAAUAGUCAUUGUUUAAGAGGAGAUCCUUAUCAAAGAACUGAUUUCAUUUGUCUUUGUCCACCGUGUUCUUCGGGUCAACAAUGUCAAUUUAAUACAAAAUCUUUCUCAUUCACUUUGGAUCAACUAUUUUAUUUUGAUUUUCUUUCUGAUAACAAACAAAGAACAAUUUCUCUUUUGAUCGUUUUUUCCUUUCUUUUAUUAUUUGUGUCUUUUCCAAAUAAUUUCUUCUCUUAUGUCACACUUCGUCAUCCAUCUUGUCAACGUCAUGGCGUUGGCCAUUAUCUUCUCUGGAUGAGUAUUAUCAAUCAAGUUACUCUUAUUAUUCUAAUCAUUCGUUUACUUCAUCUAAUAAUCGGCAUAACUCUUUCUGGAUCUUCAUCUCCGUUAAUCAAUGAUUUGUUGUGCAAACUUUUCAAUUAUCUUCUCAUCUGUUUUACUCGUCUUAGUUCUUGGUUAUCAUCAUUUGUCGCUAUUGAACGCAUUUAUACAACAAUAUUCUUCAACAAAAACUGCUUCAAACAGCCACAUAUUGCUCGUUUUCUCAUAUUCGGCAGCAUUGUUUUCACUUUUCUUUCUUCAGCUUACGAACUUAUUUUCGUAAAAUCAUUCACUACUUUUGAGGAUUCACAUAAAACUAUAUGUGUUAUUGAAUUUCCGACGAUUAACAGAUCAACAUGGAUCUUCAUUCAUCAAUUUGUUUCCAUUAGUAAUAUUGUUUUACCUUUAUUAAUCAAUCUUUGUUCAACAUUGACCAUUAUGAGUAUUGUUACUAAAAACAAAAUGAACAUUCAAAUGAUUACCAACUUAAAUAACAACGAGAUUCGAGAUCGUAAAACCGUUUUGCAGAGUGUAUUGAUUGAAAAUCGAGAAAUGAUUGCUCGACCUGCUAUUACACUUGUUCCAUCAAUCUUCUCUCUUUUUUCUCUCCCAUUAUUUAUAAUUUCUUUAUCCUUAGGUUGUCAAAAUUUAGAAUAUAAUUCUAUUCGAUAUAUUCUCAUUUUAUUUUAUUUUCUUACAUUUAUUCCUCAAAUGAUGAUGUUUUACAUUUACAUUUAUCCAUCAUCCUUCUAUUGGAAACAAUGGCACUCAUCUAAAAUCAAUCAACAAAUCAUUGCUCUACGAACAAAGUUAUGUUCCAACAAUCAAAAAGAGAAAACACCACGGUAG